AUGUUGACACGAUUCAAGAGCAUCUUUCGACCACGAAAACAACAUCAAAAAGAGAGGUCAAUGCGUGUUGUUGCCUAUACCAAGGAUAUGAAGCGUAUCAGUGACACCUCCGGCCCAGCAACAACCACUGCCAACACUGCUACUGCACAUUCGGCAAAGGAGAAACAGUCAUCUCGAGUGCCUGCAGCCAAAGAAAUCUUUGAGCAUGCCGAUUCUAGCGAAAAACAACGAGCUGAGGAAAGAGCGGCAAAGUUGGUUGAGGAGGAACGACGUCGUAAACAUCAGCUCCCUGCCUAUGAUGGCUUGGAACAGUACGAAAUCAUUAAAAAGCUUGGCGAUGGAGCAUUCUCCAACGUCUACAAAGCUCGUGACAAGACAUCAGGACGCAAGGUGGCCAUCAAAGUGGUGCGUAAACGUAAAAAUGAGCCUGAGCAAAACAAUCACCUGCAUCCAAGCAUGAAAAAGAAACCCAGAGCAACGGAGCGAGCCAACAUCCUCAAAGAAGUACAAAUCAUGCGUAAUGUGGACCAUCCCAACAUUGUACAGCUGAUCGAUUUUGCUGAAUCUGAUGAGUUUUAUUAUUUGGUGCUCGAGUUGUGUGAAGGAGGGGAGCUAUUUCAUCGCAUUGUCAAGUUGACCUAUCUAAGUGAGCCAUUGGCACGCCAUGUCAUCACUCAAGUAGCACAAGCGGUGCGUUAUUUGCAUGAAGAAUGUGGUGUGGUGCAUCGCGAUAUUAAACCAGAGAACAUUCUAUUUGAUCCGAUACCAUUUAUUCCAACAUCACCACUACAUCGACAUCGAUAUCCAUUUGACGAGAACAAAGAAGACGAAGGCGUAUUCACCAAAGGUUUUGGAGGUGGCGGUAUCGGUCAAGUGAAAAUUGCGGAUUUUGGUCUCUCCAAGGUGAUCUGGGACAGCUCAACAUGGACGCCAUGCGGCACAGUGGGUUAUACAGCACCUGAGAUUGUUCGUGAUCAACGUUAUUCAAAGUCAGUCGAUAUGUGGGCUAUGGGAUGCGUCCUUUAUACCUUGCUUUGUGGAUUUCCUCCCUUCUACGAUGAAUCGAUCCAUGCUUUGACAGACAAGGUGGCUCGUGGUCAAUAUGCUUUUCUAAGCCCAUGGUGGGAUCCUAUUUCGGAUUCGGCCAAAGACCUCAUUAGUCACUUGUUGUGCGUUGAUCCCACCAAACGAUAUACCAUUGAUCAGUUUUUGAGUCAUCCUUGGAUCACUGGCAAAGAACCAACAUUUGUUACUCGCUCAUCAUCGAUCCCAUCACGCCCUUCACCUUCAACUACCAUAUCCACACUCAGCGAUCUCGACUCGCCAGAUUCAGCACGUAGACGAAAGGAUGCUUUUUCACCAGGUGUCCCAUCCAUCAAGGAGAUCCUCGAUAUUACUUAUGCUGUGCAACGCAUGGGCGAAGAAAAAACUUGGCGUGGUGCUACUGUCAAUGGUUUGGCUGAUCAACCGCAUUAUGAAAUGGACGAGGAGGAAGAGGAUGAUGAUGAUGCUAUGCUUGCAGACAGCGCCAACGCCAUCAUCACCAUGAACAAGGAUCGUAAGCAUCGUCGACAAUCGAUCGAGCAAAAUACAAAAGCAGCAGCACCAGGAUCGUCGUCAUCACAACAACAGGCACCUGUACCAUUACCGAAUCUUGCUAUUGCACCGAAAAAGAAACAAGCCAUUCAUCGAUAUAGGCAACAACAGCAACCAGCUGGUGGAUUCCAACUCAACAUGGAUAAUGCAACGCUCCUCAAAAACAGACGUCAGGCUGUAUGCUGA